GAGGAGAGGCCCGGGACCCCCCGCAGCGCACCCUCGCCGGCCCUGGGCGUGCGCCCCCUGCCGCUCCCCCGCCGCGCCGCCCCCGCGACCCUGUCCCUGUGCCCCGGGGCUCCAGCAUCCUCGGCCGCGCCUCCUCCGUCGCCUUCCGACCCCGCUGAGGCCGCCUACUCUCGCUGGCAUCCACCCGCUCUGGAGCGCGCCGCCGCUUUUUGCAUCUCCCCGAGGUUUCUGGUGCAUGGAUAGAAGCAACUUGACUUUCAGCGAUGCCAAGUGCCCAACUUGAGUCUUCCUCUGCGGUGGUAGAUGGGUGUGCGCGGUGCUAACAUCUGUCUUUUUAUUUCUCCUAAGUACCCUUGCUCCGGAGCGAAGUUGAGUUGUUGUUUGUAAAGAGGGGGUGCGUGCUGUGGCCGCCUUAAGUGGAUUGUAUAACUGUAUUUUAUUUAGGUGGAUGUUGCCAGUGGUACCAGCCAGUGUUAUGGUAACUGGGCAUCCCAGAGGCUAGGGAAGGAGGAGCGACUUACAAAUGCAGUUUUACCAUGCAGAGAUUUUUUUUUUUAAACCACCUUGUACUUUCUAUCCAGCAGGACCUCCGGACAUUUAGUGUGUGUUAACUCGUUAGCUGUUCAUUAUCGUUUUAUAAGAGAGGGGGGUGCAGAGCGUUACCAUCCCGUUUUACAGAUGUAAAAACGGAGGCGAAGAGCAAACUCCGGGUAUCCUUAGUAACCUUAAAAGAAUAGGGACCCAGAGAUUUAACCCAGAGUCUCCUGGAAUUCCUAGUCCCUAAGGCCACUCAGAAGUAUGAUGGAAUGUUGGACCGGCCUCCCUGACAUUCUACAGAUCACUUAAGAGUCAGAGAGGCCGAGGCCAGCCGGCAGCUCCAUGCCUGAGACUCAGCUCUGCCACAAAGUUAAGUCACACUGGACAAGUCACAGUUUCUCUCCGCUCAUUUCCUUCCUGCUCUCUAAAACCAGGGGAACAAAGGUGCUGUAUUCUUUGCAGAGUUGUGCGUGUGUCUGGAAGCUCCACUCCCUUGAGCUGCGAUUUGGUUAUUGUUAGUUGUUGUGGACUCAUAAAGGCCCCCAGUCUUGGUUCCCUUGAGAAAUGCAGGGAAGGAGGCACCCCCACAGUGAACGCCUCUUCUUCGCCAGAGACGCCUGAGAAUUCACAUCAGGGACACUUCACAUCAGGGACAGGCCGGGGCAGAGACCCUGACCUGAGGGAGGGACGAGGGUUGCCACGAGGAGGUAGGAAGGAGCCCUGCACAGGAGGCUUGACACAUGGGCCCUAUUCCUGCCUCCAGCUCUGACUCAUCUUCUGACGCUUGGGGGAGGAGAGGUAGUUGCUUGGUAUUUUUGGCUUUCCCCCAUAAAACUGGAGACAGUUUCCUUCAUUCCAAGACGUUUUAAUGUCACUGUUGAACGUGUGUGUCCUGAGUUCUCAUCUGAAAGCUUUCAUAUCGGUUGACUGCAGACUUGAUUUGUAUCCACUGUCACCAGCACUGCUCACUUAGGACUUUCUGGAUCCGGACCCAGGCAGCGCACACUGGACUCUUGAGGAAGAAGGAGACUCUAAUUUUGGAUUCCUUGGUGGAGGAAAAUAAAACACUCUGGUCUUGCCCCCAACAAUGCAAGUGUGACUGCUGGCGUCUUCAUGAGCUCCAGAGGUCACAGCACGCUACCAAGGACUCUCAUGGCCCCUCGGAUGAUUUCCGAGGGAGACAUAGGAGGCAUUGCUCAAAUCACCUCCUCUCUAUUCCUGGGCAGAGGCAGUGUGGCCUCCAAUCGGCACCUCCUCCAGGCUCGUGGCAUCACCUGCAUUGUUAAUGCUACCAUUGAGAUCCCUAAUUUCAACUGGCCCCAAUUUGAGUAUGUUAAAGUGCCUCUGGCUGACAUGCCGCAUGCCCCCAUUGGACUGUACUUUGACACCGUGGCUGACAAGAUCCACAGUGUGAGCAGGAAGCACGGGGCCACCUUGGUGCACUGUGCUGCAGGGGUGAGCCGCUCAGCCACGCUGUGUAUCGCGUACCUGAUGAAAUUCCACAACGUGUGCCUGCUGGAGGCGUACAACUGGGUGAAAGCCCGGCGACCUGUCAUCAGGCCCAACGUAGGCUUCUGGAGGCAACUGAUAGACUACGAGCGCCAGCUCUUUGGGAAGUCGACAGUUAAAAUGGUACAGACACCUUAUGGCAUAGUUCCCGACGUCUAUGAGAAGGAGUCCCGACACCUGAUGCCUUACUGGGGGAUUUAGUGCCACUGAAGCCUGCGUCAGCAGCCCGAGCGGGGCCGGCAUCUGCUCCCCGCCGUCUGCUCCCUCUUCACUCUCUUCUCAAAUGGCUGACUUCUGGUUCUCCCUCAAGUGUUUUUUACACUGGGUGUUCAAAUUUAUUUUAAGAGAUAGGGAGGGGACAUAAAGGGAAUGCAUACAUUGCUAGUCACAUUUUUAAAAUUAACAUUUUGGAAUAGUGUUUAUGGAAAUCUUUAGCUUUUAAUCAUUUUUACCAAUUUGAACAGUUUAAUAAACUGGUUCUGCUCUCUUCUGAAUCUCAUGCCUUUGGCACCUUCGUAGGUGCAGGAGGAGCUCAGUGCAAAAAUCACUUUGGGGCCUCAUUAACCCUUUAGAGACAAGCUUUGCCCCAGGCUGCGGACCAGACAGAUGCUUGGGGAAGGUUGAUACCAGCUUCAGUCUCUACUGGAUUAGCCCUACUCUUUCCUUUCCCCUCCAUUAUUUAGUGACUCUGUAAGUAAGUUAAAUACACCCUUAUUAUUUAGCUGUUAAGUAACUAUAAUGAAAUCUGCUGCAAAAACUCUCUUGGAAUCCAUGUGCCCAGGAUUAUAUUAGCAUUAUUUUUAAUAAAUCUAUAUGCUUAACAUA